AUGACUGAAAGUUUUAACAAUAAUAAUAAAUCCUUCAUCAUGCACAGCAGUAAAAUGACGAACGGAAAGUCUCUAAAGAAUGGAAAGUGCGAGGACGAGGCAGAAAAUGCUGUUGUUGCUGAAAUGUCUAACAACUAUCGGUCUAUACUCGAAAGUGUCGGUGAAAAUCCGAUGAGAGAAGGACUUCUUAAAACCCCACAAAGAGCAUCAAAAGCUCUUUUGUUUUUCACUAAAGGAUAUACAGAAUCACUGGCUGACAUAAUUAAUGAUGCAAUAUUUACGGAAAAUCACGAUGAGAUGGUCAUUGUCAAGGAUAUAGAUAUGUUCAGCAUGUGCGAACACCAUUUAGUUCCAUUUUUUGGAAAAGUUUCGAUUGGAUAUUUACCAAGAAAUAAAAUUAUUGGACUGUCUAAGCUCGCGCGAAUUGUUGAGAUUUUCUCUCGGCGACUUCAAGUUCAAGAACGUAUGACAAAAGAAAUUGCCGAAGCUAUUGACAGAGCAUUAAAUCCUUUAGGCGUAGGAGUGAUUAUUGAGGCUGCUCAUAUGUGCAUGGUGAUGAGAGGUGUUCAAAAGAUUAAUUCAAAGACAAUGACAUCAGUGAUGAUUGGCGAGUUCCGUAACAACCAAAAGACACGCGACGAAUUUUUCCGACUUGUUAAAUCUCCAUAA